UCACUUGACGGCAGCUUGACUUUGUGUUGGCCUCACCUCACUAAGGUGUUCAGCGCGCCCGAGUCGUCAGGUCAGCAGCCCUCCACUUACAGCUGUUUGUGGUCCAAACAACCGAGUUGAGCGGCUCCAGCCAUAACAACACCAUAUUACAAGUUUCUUCUUUUACACCAGAAAGCUAGCUAACGAUAGCGUUAGCACAGCAGCUCCAGGGAUGGCGGAGGCUCCCGGGACAUCAAGUGAGACGAUAACGGAGACUGUUCAAACUAGCACACCGCCCCCACCCCAGCAGGAGGGAAGAAGCCUGACAAUCAAGCUGAGGAAGAGGAAGACUGAGAAGAAGGUGGAGUGGUCCAGUGACACUGUUGACAACGAGCACCUGGGAAGAAGGUCUUCAAAGUGCUGCUGUAUCUAUGAGAAGCCACGACAGUUUGGAGAGUCGUCCUCUGAAAGCGAGGGAGAUGAUGAUGAAGAAGGGUGUGGCAGCGCUCACUGUAUCCUGGGCCAUGGAAGGAGAGACAAUGGACAGAGCGGGUCUGGGGGUGCCACAGUGCCCCCAAACACUGGAGGGUCUCAUACCCACUAAAGAGCUAUGUAGGCUGAUUGUGGGAUUUUGAGUGGUUUCUCACCACAGCAUUGCCGUAUUAAAAAACUGCACUCUUUUUUUGAGUUACAUCACUGAGAUACAGGCAGGCCGGAUGCUGCGUUCUAGUCAUGAGUCAUAAUCUGUACUGCUGCUCUGAGAAACACAGAGUAACACAAAUCUGGCAGAUAAAAGACAAAACCAGGAAUCAGCAUACGGAGACAUUCAAUUUUAAGUCAUUCUCUCAUUUCAACAAAUAAACGCAUGCUCAGUAUUGUGCCAAUUAACAUGAAUGAAUGAUAUAUACAAGCUUAAAUUUCUCUUAUCUAAAGCUUUUAUCUCAAAGGACACAUGAUGUGAUAAUAAUAGGUUCUAAAGGACUGUACCAGUGUUUAUGCUUGUUUUAGCCCUUUUGCUACACAGCACACACAAAGUGAGAGGUUUUUCAAAAGCAUGAUAUAGGGUGACACAAUUUGAAAAUGCUAAUAGCGGUGAUAAUAGUUGUCCAUUACAGUGAACAUCAUCUUGGCUUUUAUUUUUCCCCAGUUUUUGGAAAUUCAAUUGUUGAUUUUUCACAUCAACAUCUUCAAUCUACGGAAUAUAUGGAGUUGUCAUGAAACUUUGAAUGACUAGGGUAAUGUAGAGAAUUUGACCAGUAGUCUAAAAGACAAAAAACACUCAAACAUAUAGACUUAACUAAUACACUCAACAAGUAAGUCAUUAGAGAAUAAUGCUAAUAAGUUAUUAAAUAUGAAAAAAACAGAUGUAAAAUGAAAGUGCAGCAUGCCAAGGAAAAUGUUCGGCAGCGCAGCAGCAUGAUUUAACACUGAUUUGUCAUAAAUGAGCUCAAACAAAUAAAAACACGCUUUUAUGGUGUACAGUUAUGUCACCAUGUCAAACAAACUGCAAACAAAUGGAUCAGUGGUUUAAAUUAACAUUUCUGUUCCCCUUUCAACAGUAAAAACAUAGUUGAUGUUGGGCCAACUAUUAGUGUUUAAUGUACAAAUGUGAUGGCAUACAGUGGUGGAAGUAGAACUUCACUAAUACAUUACAUACCUGUGGAUCAUUUUCAAGAAUGUAAGCGGCAGGUGUCUGACAGUAUCAAAAAAAACCACAACAGUGUAGAGUGCUUUGGAAAAUGUUCAUCAGCUGUGAUUUGUCAUGAAAGAGCUAAAACAAACGUCAGUGUCUUUAAACCUUUGCUCUAAACUCACUCCAUCACGUUGCACUUUCUCCAGCAGCAGAUUGGAAGUUAUGACUGAGGCGUCUCUGGACCGCAGCACACAGUUUGGACAGUGGGACAGGGAUAGAUACAGUCUGCCUGUGUAUUUAGCUCAUGACAAAGUGGCAGAGUUAAUUGUAUAUAAUUCAAGUUAUCACUUUUUAUUUAUUUAUUUAUUAGCUGGUCUUAAUUCUAUACUUGCUAAUGCUCGACAUGCAAUCAACCACAGUCUGUAGUAACAUUGCAUUUAUACUCCAUGAUGUGUGGUUUAAAAAGUGGACACCCACAGAGAUCCCAUUUUAACAUUUAUUGUCUGAUUAUGUUGUAACAAUUACUGACAAUAUAUAUACGUGAUUACAUCAUUACUACACAAGCUUUUAGCACAGUGAGUAUAAUUUGUCAGAGCCAGGUUAUCCAUAUGAGAGAGCUAAGCCCCAUGUGGCUAAUAAAUUACAAAUUGUAUUAAAUUACUGAUUUAACACAAGUCUGGAUUUUUUGCGAGCUUGUCAUAGCAGCAAGCCUUUAAACACAAACCUACUGUUUUCUGAAAACUUAAUUGUCAGAAAUCAGAUCAGAUCCUUUCUGCCCAGACUAAAACGGAAUUGUGGAUUUGUUUGUCACAUUUAAGUAAAAUGUAUAUCUAAUUGAUCAGUCAGGCUACACCACAACAGAAGAUCAGUUCACGUCACUAAUCAAACCUCUAACUGCAUCGGAAGGACCAAGUUGUCCAAGAGAGGAUGAUCAGAAUCAGUUGAGCUGGAUUAAUUCAUCAUGUUUGGAGAACAUGUCCCUGAUCUUCAACAAUGUGUCACGGAAAUGAUCUAAUUGUUCUUCCAAACUCACCGAACUCUUGUCAGCUCAAUCUACUAACAUGUGGAAACAUGUUCUCUCAUAAAUGGAUCAGAAAGUUUCUUGUAAAGGUUAAAUCAUGGUUAUAGGGAAAACAGUGAUAUUGUUCACUCUGUGCACUUUUUCAUCCUCCCAAAUUAUUACUUGUAUAACCCUUACAGUUUCAGCUGUACAUGCAAUUCUGUGCAUACAGUCAGCAUAUAUGAAGAGAAAGAUAUUUAAUGAUGGACGAAUUAAUUAACUUACAACUUAAAUUGAGAUAUUCUUUUUUUUCAUUUAUAAUUAAUACCAACUUAGAAAGUUCUCUCAACGAAGCCAAGACAAGAAAUGAUGGUAGUGGGACAUAAAGCAUUGCCAACUGUUGUAACUAUUUUAAAGAUAAAAUUUACUAGAUCUGUUAGCGUAAAACCAAGUUGAAAUCACGUUGAAUGCAGUGAACAUUUACAAUAAUCGUUUCUUCUAUGGAAUAAAAAGGAGUAAAUUCUACUUGUACAAUCAAUUGAAUCACAAAAGAGUAACAUAACAUAUUAAUCUAUGUAUGCUUGAUAACCCUGUAUCAGGAUUCAAGUUAGAUUCAUCCGUCAUCAGAUCACUGAAAACAGUAAUACCUCCUGUCAGUCAGAGGCUUCAUUUCAAAGUAAGAAUUGAACACUGAUACUGUAUCAACUGAUUUUAAGCAAUAUAUAUUUGCAGACAUUAUUGGCUGAUAUAUUAUUCAGUUAUUCAAAAGCUGAGAUGUUCUCAGUACGGCCUUUAAAAACUCUGUUCUGACUAAUUAAAAUAUGUUUGAAGGUGAGGAGCUGUUGCACAAAAAUAGAUUUUUAGUUUACCUUUGUGAGAUAACUUACUUUAAAAAUGGUCCCUUCUCCUAUGUUGGAAGACCUUAUUUAGCUGGAUGAAUUUAUCCGAAUAACACGCUGUGUAUGGGGAUAGGUCGUGAACUGUUUCUGUGGGUCUAAACUAAAAAACACAAGAGACACGUAGUUGUGUUAAAUUCAGUACCCAGAGCUCAAUAGCUGCCAGUUCAGUUCUCAGCUCCACAUACAAAGCUUUUCACCUUUGAUAACAUUUGCAAAGCUGUUUUCUGUACAGUUUGCUGAUUAGACACUGUUAUUUCUUUGUAUGACAACAUUAGAUUCCAUUAAACCUCAUUAACAGAACGGGUGCUGGUAUUUUCUCUAUUUUCUAAAUCCUCUGCUGCUUUUCUUUUGCAUGUUUUUAUAUGAGAAUUUAUUUUCACUGGACAAUCCUAGACCUUUGCAUUAAAGGAAGGUUUGUAGAACUUUUUCUCUGUGUUGGAUGUUAAUGAGUGAAGUGAGAAUGGAGGAUAAUUGAGUUGUCAUGCAAAGUUUAAUUGUUACAGUUUUUCUCGAUUGCUUAAGCACGAUUUUGAAAACAGGGCCUGGUGUUUCAAAACACUACACACAAUUAGCACAACCACACACCCAAUCAACAGAACACCUCUGAUCCUUUGCAAAAUGAAACACUCGUAAAAACUAUACACUAAUUUAUCAAAACCAUAUUUUGUUACCAUAUCAAAUACACACGUUUCAUAUGACUUAAUUCUGUUUGAGCCAGUUAAACACUGCUGUUGCUAACCUGAAACACUUUUAGCAAGUGAAGUUCACAGAGAAAGUGCCAAUAGACAGUAAAUUCUAUUUAUUUUACACAAGUCCAAUGCUGCAGACUCAUGAAAAUAGAAUUUUUUUCUCUCCAUAUACCAAAAUCAGUCAACAUGUCAACAUGGAGAAUCACAACAAAACAUGUCCCAGUUUCAUGCUACGACAGGAGUGUGCAUAACACUGUAAGCUCAGCAAAUAUCAGACAAACAGAAAAUUCAGGAUUUCCUCUGCAUCCAUCUGUAAAACUCUCCGAAAUACAGUAAAAGACAAGAUUGUGUAGUUCAGCAUAGGUCUGGUAUACAGUACAUUUACAUUAUAAAGGUUACGUGUGCAGAAUGCAACAUCACAGUGCUAAAGAGAACAAUGCACACCUCAUCAUACUCAUGCUGCAGCCGCAGCCUUCUCUGUGGAUUCCCCCUUUCACCCUCACUCUUCUUUUUUUUUAGCACAAGCUCCAUUGUGGUUGAAGACAGGUGAACUCAGCUGCUGCUUUUCUAUAGUGCUUAAACCUGAUUGGUGUGUCUAAAAUUAAGCAAUCAUGUGUUUGCGCACCUGAUGGCUGUGUUUAACCAAUCGGCUCAUAAGGGGGGGGUCAUUUGACAGUCAGUGCUUAGGAAUUGCAAGGACGUGACAUCCUGAUAUACUUCUGUGUCUAAUGUAUACAAGUGUGUUUAGUGUUUUGCAAAUAAGUGUGAAGAUGCCAUUGUGCUUAUAGUGGUGCAGAUCUGGGCUCAUGUUUUGCUCCUUGAGUGUAAGGUUUUAUAAUUGUGUAAUACUUUUGAUUUAAGUGUUAAUGCAAUCAAAAAAAACUGUAAUGCACUUGUCCACUCAAUAUCUUGGACACCCAUAUGUUCCCAUUACAUUCAUCUGCACAUCAGUAGGAAAAGAGAAAUCUAUGACUUGACUCUAUGAACUCAUGUGACUGUGAGUGACUGAAGUUCUUAUUGCAGUGGGGUGGAUCUCUGAAGAUGAAGAAGUCCAGUCCUGUCACAGCUAAUGUGACGGACCAAACAGGGCAUACUGAACUACCUGUAUGAAAACUCACCUCCUUGUCCAUGCUUGAUUAGUGACAGUGAUACACGCUCAUUCACUUCAUUUAUGCCUACACUUUUUGUUCCACGCAAACACAUAGACAUUGUUACAUAUGUACAUUGCUGUACGGGUUAUGCACUGUUCUGUAUAUACUUUUCAGCAUAAUGAGAGCAGAUUUAAUGUGAAUUAAAGUUUUGAACUGAUAAAACUGGAA